UCCAGGUGUAAACUUACACACAGUUGAGUGCGUUCACCGUCCAGACGGUAACAGGUGUCUGCUGCUCAGAGCAAAAAAAAGAAGAAGACCAAAUCGUGGACUUAACGCAGGAGUUCAAGGUGUAAGAUGACCCGUAGAAAACGUUAACAGAAGUCAGAAAGUUUAAACCCACCUGGUGCUCCCUGUGAAGAGAGACCGUGAACUUCCCACCAUGAAGAGGACCAAGCAGAUCGACAUCAGGCGAGCCCUCGCGCUGGCCGGCGCCUUCAACUUCCUGUUCUCCUGCGCGAGAGCCUGCCUGCUCCCCUUCCUCACCCUGUACUUCCGACAGCUGGGUCUGACCCCCGCGAUGACGGGCAUGGUCGUGGGCACAAGGCACCUCCUAUCGCUGGCGUGGACCCCCGUGGCGAGCCUGCUCUCCAAACACUACGACAAGAGGCGCGUGGUGAUGCACGGCUCUCUCGUGUGCUCUGCGGCGGCGGCCCUGGUCCUGCUGCUCGUCCCGACGACCGAUGUGGGCGCGCGGGCCGGCGGCUGUAACGUGUCCGAGCUGAGUAGCGGUCCGCCCCAAAGUCUGGGCGGUGACCUGCUCUGGAGCAGCGUUUCACCCUCCGCACCGUCAGCUAGACCCCACACCACAAUCAACUUAGCUCCUGUCUCCCAGUCUGUGGUCACUACAACUGCAAAUACGCUUUCCAAUGUUACAACCACACUCAAUCAUCACGAUAUAUCCCAUCCUCAGCUGGCAACAAAGACUACUUCGGCGGUGGUCAACGACAGUGCUGGAGAACCAAGGGUCCACAGCUCCUUAAUGACCAACACCUCUGCGGCAGCUCCAGUGAGGAGCAAGAGGUCAAAGGUCAUUUCAGAGGAGCAGCUGGGAGAAAAGAGGACAGAGGAAAAUGAGAGGAGUUUCGAUUUCCUGGGCAGCCUGAAGGUGAUGGACACCCAGCAUCAACUCUUCUUCCUGCUGCUCAUCAUCGUGUCGGUGUGGGAGAUCGCGGCGGCCCCUCUGGAGUGGACCGCGGACGACGGCCUCUACGAGUAUCUGGACUCCGCCGAUGCCUCGGACCGCUACGGCAGCACCGGGGUGUGGGGUGUGCUCGGGGCCGCGUGCGGGGUUGGUGGAGCGGGCUUGCUGGUCAGCCAGCUGAGCUGCCUCACCGCCGGCGGGAUACCCAGGGGCGGGGUUCAUUUCUACUGCUACGCCGCCCUGGCAGCUGCGUGCCUCCCCGUGGCCGCCCACCUCCCUCUUCUCCCGAACAAGAAGCGAGACAAGGCCAACGGGCUCCUAAAAGCCGCCCGGCUGGUGCACGGCUCCCCUCGGGCUCAGCUCUGCGCAGUCACCUGCCUGCUGGUCGGGGUGGCGGGCUCCGCCGUGGACAACUUCCUCCUGUGGCAGAUGCAGGACCACGGGAGCAGCGAGCUGCACAUGGGGCUCUCUCUGGCCCUCGCCUUGCUCUCGCAGGCCGCCUUCCCGCUGCUGGCCGGCCGAGUGUCCAAGCUCCUCAGCCCGGGACGGGUGCUCGCCGCCGGGGCCGCGUGUCUCGGGUUGCAGUGCAUCUACUUCUCCUUCCUCUGGGGCCCGUGGGCCGCGGCGCCCGCUCAGGUGCUGAGCUGUUUCAGCAGCGGGGCCCUCUGGUGGGCCGUGGGGCUCCAGUGUGAGGACGUGGCCACGCCGGGGGCCGAGAGGAGCGUGAGGAGGCUCUACGGAGCCCUCUCUCUACAGCUGGGGAGCGGGCUGGGGAGCUUCGCUGGGGGCUUCGUGGUCCAGAGGUUCGGGCUCACGUGGCUGUUCAGAGGAGCGGCGGUGUGCGUGAUGGCGUGGUGCGCGUGCCUGCCCCUGCUCCAGUGGAAAGCCCCGCGCCAGCGCAGGAUAAACUACUCUCGGCUUUUGGCGGCGGACGCGAGCGAAGCCAGCGACUCUGGGUCUGAACAGGAGAGAGACUGGCUGGAGAAAGCGAUGGACGAUGACAGAAGCAACAACAACAACUAUGGACGGAGGAUAAACCGCUAACCUCUGCGGUGUGAUAUGACACAAAAUAGGCCCUUAGAGAGCACAUAGAAGGCAUUUACAUAGAAUAAUUUCUAUCAGUGUGGAAAUAAUAUAUUUAUCAUAUAUUUGACUCUCAUCACUGAUUCAUAAGAAGAAGAUAUUGUGUCAUCCCAUUUCAUCAGUCUGCAGAGCCAGCUGUACUGAUGGACUUCAUCCUUACCUGAGCCUUCCCAAAUGAACAUUAGCAUAAGCAUAAGCAAUCAUUCUUUUGCAAAGCAAACCAGGAAGCAGGAUUAAGGGCGGGCAGAAAAAGGACUGGAGAGCUCAGGCACCCUGUCAACAGAAACAAUGAAGCCUCUUUUUCUAAGUGUAAACACCAGAAGUGUGCACAAGGUGAGGCUGGACUAGGAUGGCCUCCCGUGUCACCACACCUCGACAGUCUGUUUAUCUACAGCUACAGUCACCGCCGUCAGCCAUCGUGCUUGUGCCUUAUUCUGGACUCUGUGUGAAUUGAUGAAACGUUUAAACAAGGGUUGGUGUUAUUUAACUGCAGGGAGGUCAGCACAUGUCAAGCUCGGUUGUAAGAGUCUGGUGUCAAGCAGCUGUGAUCGGCCAUGUUUGCUUAAUCUGACUCAGAAUAUCAUUCGUCUAAUCUGUAUUAUAAAGUGAGUUUUUCUGAACAUACCUACUCUCUGACGCGUUGACUAAAGUUAGAAAGCUAAAUGUGAAUUAAAUGUGUAAUUUUCUUUUCUCCACAACGUUUCUGUAUAUGUCUAUGUUGUAUUUGGAAGCCUUUAACCUGUUACACACCUGAGUACUGUGAGAGUAAAACUGUUUUUAUGCAAAAAUAAUCUGCCCCUUUGCAAAGCAGAAGCAUCUGUGACUCCAGCAUUAGUUCCUCUCCAGUAUAUGCAAUAAAUAAAGAGACUUCCUUUUCAUGUGAAGUGCAAUCAGCAGCCAAAAUAAAUGUCCAUCUGAAUCAUGUGAUUCCAGAGAAAUACCUUCAGGCUCAUUUGCUCUACAGAUUUGGUGACAGUAUUGACUCUGUUUGUCUUUUAAUAUUCCUCUUGUGUUUUGCAUUCCGAACGAGGAGCGAGUGAUUGUGUGGCACACUGCUACCUAUGGCUCUUGCAUGCAGACGUUUGGAUAUCCCCGAACAUCUGCCGGGGCCCCUCAAGGGCCCGGCGAGCAUGAAAUCAAGUCAUCCCCAGUAUGUCGUUAAUCAGCAGAACUCAAUCAGGCGAGAGGAAAACUUCAUGGUGAAGGACAGCUCGAUUCUCCUGUGGAGAGCAGCAGACCGUUAUGAUGGCAGAUGUCUGUUAUUUAAAUCCUCUCAGGUCCCUGAUUUGAUUCCAUAACUUUUACUUACUCAGGACACAUACUUAGUCAGCUUCUCUUAAUGGCUUCAAAUGCAAUGGUGGAAUGUGUCCUAUACUGUAAUUCAGUACAAAUUACACAUAAUUGUAGUUCACUUGAGUAUUCCCAUUUGAUAUGACUUUCCAUUUAUAUUCCACUAGCUCAGAGGCCAAUAUUACAUGUUUUCACUCCACUGCAUCUGUCUGACAGCUUACAGUUUUACAUACUCUCCCCAGUGAAAAUCACGUAGUCUGUACUUUUUUCUUUUUUUCUGAUAAAUUUAAGAAUGAAGUGUACCUUUUAUGUGUUGACAAAAUGAUCCUCAUUCUUAAGUGAAAAUAAACUAU